AUUUACAGUAUUACCCGGAAAUGAGCAUCUCAUGAAGCUAUCUAGCUGUUGAAUAUGAUAACAGAUAUAUGAUAACCAUUGGAACACCUCUAUGCAAGAAACGAGGAAAAUUGAGGAUGGCUGAGAUACUGAAAGGAAGGAUGGAUAAUUACGGAGGAAUCACCAUAGUAACCGGAGAUAAAAAUAUAGAAAGUCCUGACCAUUUUGAUACAUUGCUUAAAGAUAGUUUGGAGCAGUGGGGGAGCAGUGGUGUGAGAGGAGUAUGGGUAAAAGUGAAGACUUCACAGGCGGAACUUGUUCCAAUAUGUACCAAGCAUGGGUUCGAAUUCCACCAUGCUCAACCUGGUUAUGUAAUGCUUACAAAAUGGCUGCCUUUGACUGAAGAAAAUCACCUACCAGAAUAUGCUAAUCAAUAUUUAGGUGCUGCUGGCUUUGUUGUUAAUGAGAAAGAUGAAGUCUUAGUGGUGAAAGAAAAGUACACACACAGCAGUACAAAGGCAAAGUGGAAAUUUCCGGGAGGUCAUGCUGACCGAGGAGAGGACCUGCAUGAAGCUUCAACGAGGGAAGUGUUUGAGGAAACAGGAGUGAAAUGUGAGUUUGAAUCCAUACUGAGCUUCCGUCACCAACAUAAUUACAGAUUCGGCCUUUCUGAUUGGUACUUCAUGUGUCUGUUACGUCCUAUAACACAGGAGCUGAAUCCAUGCGUUAGAGAGAUUGCAGAGUGCCGUUGGAUGCAUAUUGAUGAGUACCUCAGUAUGGAUGACAGUGAAGUAUCGGACAAUAAUCGAUACUUUGCUCAAUGCUAUAAGGACCGUUUAACCUCAGGUAUUAACGCUGCAAUCCAAUCCAAAGAUGUUCUUUCUUGGGAUAGGAAGAGACACCACAAGGUUUACACUGCACAACUUAUAAAGCCAAACAAUAUACUUUGAUAAAAGGGUACAUAGGGCAAUUUUAGUUAAUAAUAUAUUGUAUGGAAAGAAUAAAUAGGGUGAAUGACGUAAAAAGUAUAUGUAAUGAUAAAUAUAUGAAGAGUGAAUGGAGAAAAUUAUUUAUUGUUAUGAAACGACACGUAGGGAGACUACACCCCCAAUCCACACUCUAAA